UCCUCUCUCAAACCUCUCCCCAAACCAACCAAAAAGCCAAGAACGUUGGUCCCAGAGCCCGAAUGCUGUCUCAUCGAACCCGAUCUAACAAAAUCCGAUCCUCUGAACCCCAUAAUAAUGCCCAGAUAUGCUUCUCGUCACAGUACCAGUCCUUUCAUCUGGUGUGCAGCUAUCGUUUGUGCCAUAAUCUCUAUUGUUGUAAUCUUUGGUGGCAUUGUAGUCUUCGUUGGUUACAUGGUCAUACAUCCUCGAGUUCCUAUCAUUAGUGUCGCGGAUGCUCACCUCGACUUCUUAAAGUAUGAUAUAUUUGGAGUUUUGCAAACGCAGUUAACGAUUGUUAUUCGUGUAGAGAAUGAUAACGCUAAAGCUCAUGCAUUGUUUGAUAACACUGAGUUCAAGCUAAGCUAUGAAGGCAAACUGAUUGCGAUUUUAAGAGCACCAGAGUUUGAAGUUCCGAAAGAGAAAUCAAAGUACCUUCCUUACUCGGUUCAGUCAUAUCCAAUACCAUUGAAUCCAAGUUUGAUGCAAGCUGUAGACUAUGCAAUUAAACAAGAUGUUAUAACGUUCGAGAUCAAUGGUGGCUCAAGAACUCGGUGGCGAGUCGGACCAUUAGGGUCGUUCAAGUUCGAGUGUAACCUUAUCUGUGAGCUUAACUUUAGACCGUCUGAUCAUACUUACAUUCCAUCUACUUGCACUUCUUCUCAUAAGCAUUAGAAAACUCCCAUCUUUCAUUUAUUUUACUUUACUUUAAUUAGUUUUUGUUUUAUUUUUUGGGA